CAUUUUUUAGAACACGAUAGAAAUCUCAAGCAACUGUAACGAUCGGAGAUUAAUUUCACCUGAUUUCGUUUGUUAGUUUGUUUAUUUUGUGUAUUUGGUUUUAUAUCUAAAAUUUCCAAGAAAUUUGGAAAUUCCCAUUAAUUAUGGCUGCAGAAGAGGGUUUCGAACAGUUCGAAGAUGAGGAAACCGAAAUUCCAAUUGGUGGAACUUUACCCGGGGGUAGAAAGCGUUUAUUCUCGAAGGAACUGCGCUGCAUGAUGUAUGGUUUUGGGGAUGAUCAAAAUCCUUAUACAGAAAGUGUAGAUUUAUUAGAAGAUCUUGUUAUUGAGUUCAUUACCGAAAUGACACACAGGGCUAUGGAAAUUGGACGUACUGGACGUGUUCAAGUAGAAGAUAUUGUAUUUUUAGUUAAAAAAGAUCCAAGAAAAUAUGCAAGAGUAAAGGAUCUUUUAACCAUGAAUGAAGAAUUAAAGAAAGCUAGAAAAGCAUUUGACGAAGUUAAAUAUGCAGGUACUGUUAGUCAGUAAACUUGUUUUGAUACUCUGUCGAUAUCUAAAGUGUAUGGUAAACUAUUUUUAUUCUACUUGAAUCUACUUGAACGUUUUUAUUUAACAAGAAAAUUUACAUCUCUUUAAUGCUCUACAUACCUUCUUGCUAAACUUUCUUUUCGAGGAGCAAAAAUAUUCUCAGAAUUUCAAGAAAGUUCAAAUAGAAUUUAUUUAAACAGAAGUAAACUAUUUAAUGUUUUGAACUGUUUUAUUGGAAUUGUGCAAUACUACUAUUAAAAAUAAAUAUUGCGUGUAGUAGUUGCACAAUUAAUUAUGAUUUAUUUACAAAUACGGAAUGCUAUGUGCUUGUAUAAUGCAUCCCUACAGUACUUCCUGCUUGCUUAUCUACAGUAAUUUAGAAUAAUACG